AGCGUAACCGGAAGUUAUACAUUAAUGGUACACAGACGGAAAGUUGAAAAUUACAACCGUUUUUACCUGCUCAACAAGGAAAUCCAAGGGAAGCAUAUCUAAGCAGUCUACAGAAAGAUGGAAACUGAAUCUGCUGAGCCAACAGCCACAGUAGUGAAAGUUGAAACGCCACAGGUUUCAGUUGUUAAUGAGAGUAAGAAAGGGGAGGUAACUGAUGGCCAAGUUGUGGAACAAGUUAAUACAGAAAAUAAAGCUCCAGGAAAGGAAGUUAGUGGUCCGAAAACAAGUAACGAUCAUGAAACACCGGGGGAAAGUGGUAAACAAGUCAACACUAUUAUUGGAGAGGACGAAGAUGGGGAGGCAAUUGACAUGGCUGACAUCCGGGUCCUUGAAGAUUUGGACACCGAAAAUAAAUCUCCUGAAAAGGAAGAAGUUGAAGCUAACAAGGCCGUGAAGGUCGAGUCUGAGGAGGAAGAAGACAAGAGCGAUCCUGCAGGGAAAAAAAGAAAGUCGUUUGAGUUUUUCUACCCAGACAUGGUAUCCACUUUGGAACUAGCUCUUCGUGGCUUGCCCAGUAUGGCUAACUGUCAGCAGUCCAAGGCAAGCAUCCCCCAAAAGGGUCCACCACCAAAAGGACCACUGCAGAAGGGAUCUGUCCAAAAGAGACCAACUCCAAUAAGGGACUUUGCUAAGGAAGCUAAGAAAGCAUUAAAAAAAUCUGGAAAUAUUAUUGAAGUGAGAGCGACUCGCAAAUCUACACGUACUGCAGUUAAUCUGACAAAACCAGUCAACAACACCAGAGUUGUUGCUACAACCAAGAUAGUUAGCCCAGCGACCAGGAUAGUUAGCCCAGCGACCAAGAUAGUUAGCCCAGCGACCAAGAUAGUUAGCACAGCGACCAAGGUAGUUAACCCAGCUACAAAGGUAGUAAGCCCAAAGAAGCUCGUCCAACCAGUAGUACUACUAGACCGAGUACAAGGAACAGAACCAAAAGACAUCCAACGAGAAAUCUCACCAGAACCGGUUGCAAAGAAACCCAGAAACACACCAAAGGCAGCAGGCAAGAAAUCUAAAGUUAUGCCUCAGGCUGUUGCUAAACAGGUUAAAAUCAUCACUCAGGUGGAGAUGAAACCAGCCCCUGUCAAGGUCACCACACCAAAGGUCAAGGUCGCUCCUACUAAACCCUGUCCAGAGACAUAUGUGGUUGCGCCUGGGGGUCAUCACCAAGUGAUUAAAUAUCCUCUGACCCAAUCUAAUACCGUAUUCCGCCCAUCUGUUCCUCGUAGUCGGGAGUGGAGGAAGAAAGGCCCAGGACGAUCAUCACGGUCGAAGGGAUGUGGUCUGAUUGUGGACAAACAGAAGGAGAUCCCAACAGUAAUGAUGAAGAUGAGGGUGUCCGAUACCUCCGACAUUGUGACCUCGCUUGACCUUGCUCCACCCACAAAAAGGUUGAUGAAGUUGAAGGAAACAGAGGGCAGCAAAGAAACCAUUAAACUGUUUUCUAUACCUGGGCGUAACCUCACACCUCGCCUAGCAUGGCCGCUCUUCUACCCAAAUUUGACGACCAAACCAAGGGGAGACGAUUCUGACUCUGAUGACGAUGAUAUGGGUGAUGAUAUGGCUGCUGAGGAGGAGGAUCCCAAUAAGCAGAAGAAAUGUUUUACAAUCAUUCGCAGUGAGCCCCUCGACUUAUCUGACAGCGAGGACAACAUCCACUAUACAAAUGUACUAUCGGAUGAGGAGGAUGACAAUGUUGGACCAGUGUAUGAGCCAACACCUAUUAACAUACAAGUUAAAAAGAUCAAAGUUGAACAGACAGAUUCAAGAACGGUUUCUAUGGAUACCAGCGAAAAAACUACAGUUAUAAUCGAGGAGACAGCAACGGAUUCUAAUCAACAGAAAAUUUCAGCCUCUAUGGAGAAAAAGUCUUCAGGUCAGAAACAAGAGACACCAAGUUCAGUAUCAGAGAAGAUUACCCCGCAAACUGUUCCUGCAUUAGAAGCUGCACCGCUUGUUGUACAAGGGGAGGUAACCAUGGUUGAAGCUUCACCGCAACUCGUAGCAAAUGUAAGUUACACUUCAGGUAGCAAUUCAGCGGUGGUCAACACCGAAGUGGACACAUCAGUAGUGGACAUAUCACUGACCUCUGUUGGUGCCAGUGAAGCUGAGACAGAGGCGGUCAGUGUGAACCAGACCGCUAGCGUCGGCAGCAAUUCAGCAGAAGAGGACGGUUGUGUUAUAGUGUCCGUUGUUACGGAAAUAGCAGAACCAUAUGUGGAGCAUGAGGGAGAAAUCACGAUUCAAUCUGGCUCGACAAACAGCUCUGAGGACAGAUACAUAUUGUAUGUGGAGAAGUGAUUAAGUAAUGUGAUGUAAGUCGAUCAACAAGGAAUUAUAUAUUGAUGGGACGUGGUGAUUCCCCAAGCUUAACACCUGCAGCUCAGGAGGAGAGUGUGCUGGAGGGGGAUAAUCCAACAAUCAUUGCAUGCUUAUGUCUCUUAGACCAAUAAAGGGGCUCAAUAUUAAACAAUAUUUCUCAAAGUCUUUUGAAACACAAAUAUUGGAUAUGCAUCUAAGAAAGGAACACCAAAUGUUCUCCAUCAUCUGUCUGAUUUAAGCUUUCCUAUUUCUAUUGUAGCAGUGUGAAUGAAAGUAUCAAACAAGGUGGGAAUGUCAUUUACAAAAAAAAAUAUACUUAAAACCAUCGAUUGCUAUAUAUAUCUGUGGUGGAAGGUUUCUAGUAACUUACAAGACAUAGGAUAAAACCACAUCUCCAACUCAGGUAGAUAAGCUUAGCCAAACCGCUAACCCUAAGGUAGAUAAGCCUAGCCAAAUCGCUAACCCUAAGGUAGAGAAGCUUAGCCAAACCACUAACCCUAAGGUAGAUAAGCUUAGCCAAACCGCUAACCCUUAGGUAGAUAAGCUUAGCCAAACAGCUAACCCUAAGGUAGAUAAGCUUAUCCAAAAUGCUAACCCUAAGGAAAAUAAGCUUAGCCAAACCUCUAACCAUGGCAGAUUGACCACACUUCUAACUGAACUAGAAAAGCUUAGCCACACCGCUAACCAUGGCAGAUUGACCACACUUCUAACUGAACUAGAUAAGCUUAGCCACACCGCUAUAUAACCAUGGCAGAUUGACAACACUUCCCACUGAACUUGAUAAGCUUAGCCACACCGCUAACCAUGGCAGAUUGACCACACUUCCCACUGAACUAGAUAAGCUUAGCCACACCGCUAACCAUGGCAGAUUGACUUCACUUCCCACUGAACUAGAUAAGCUUAGCCACACUGCUAACCAUGGCAGAUUGACAACACUUCCCACUGAACAAGAUAAGCUUAGCCACACCGCUUUAUAACCAUGGUAGAUUGACCACACUUCCCACUGAACUAGAUAAGCUUAGCCACACCGCUAACCAUGGCAGAUUGACUUCACUUCCCACUGAACUGGAUAAGCUUAGCCAAACCGCUUUAUAACCAUGGCAGAUUGACAACACUUCCCACUGAACUAGAUAAGCUUAGCCACACCGCUAACCAUGGCAGAUUGACCACACUUCCCACUGAACUAGAUAAGCUUAGCCAAACCGCUUUAUAACCAUGGCAGAUUGACUUCACUUCCCACUGAACUAGAUAAGCUUAGCCACCCCGCUUUAUAACCAUGGUAGAUUGACCACACUUCCCCCUGAACUAGAUAAGCUUAGCCACACCGCUUUAUAACCAUGGCAGAUUAACCACACUUCCCACUGAACUAGAUAAGCUUAGCCAAACCGCUUUAUAACCAUGGCAGAUUGACCACACUUCCCACUGAACUAAAUAAUGUUAGCCACACCGCUAUAUAACCAUGGCAGAUUGACAACACUUCCCACUGAACUUGAUAAGCUUAGCCACACCGCUAACCAUGGCAGAUUGACAACACUUCCCACUGAACCAGAUUAGCUUAGCCACACCGCUAUAUAACCAUGGCAGAUUGACCACACUUCCCACUGAACUUGAUAAGCUUAGCCACACUGCUAACCAUGGCAGAUUGACUACACUUCCCACUAAACUAGAUAAACUUAGCCACACCGCUAACCAUGGCAGAUUGACAACACUUCCCACUGAACUUGAUAAUCUUAGCCACACCGCUAACCAUGGCAGAUUGACAACACUUCCCACUGAACUUGAUAAUCUUAGCCACACCGCUAACCAUGGCAGAUUGACCACACUUCCCACUGAACUAGAUAAGCUUAGCCACACUGCUAACCAUGGCAGAUUGACAACACUUCCGACUGAACUAGAUAAGCUUAGCCACACCGCUAACCAUGGCAGAUUGACUUCACUUCCCACUGAACUAGAUAAGCUUAGCCACAACACUUACCAUGGCAGUUUGACUUCACUUCCCACUGAACUAGAUAAGCUUAGCCACACCGCUUACCAUGGCAGAUUGACCACACUUCCAACGGAACUAGAAAAGUAAGGCCACGCCUACAACUUUAGUAGACGGAAUGUAGCCAUGCCUCCACCUCAGGUAGAUAAGAUUGAUCAUGCUUCCACCUCAGGAAGAUAAGAUUGAUCAUGCUUCCACCUCAGGUAGAUAAGAAUGAUCAUGCCUACACCUCAGGUAGAUAAGAUUGAUCAUGCUUCCACCUCAGGUAGAUAAGAUUGAUCAUGCCUCCACCUCAGGUAGAUAAGAUUGAUCAUGCCUCCAACUGUGGUAAAUAGGAUAUGAGUAAUGACCAACCUCCAACUUAAGUAGAUUGGAUAGAGCAAUGUUUCUUUAGCGAGAACGUUGGGAUCAUUGGAUAAUGUUAAGUCAUGUCCUCAUCUCUGUAAAACAGGCUAGAGUAUGAUCUUAACUACCGUAAUUCCUCCAUAGGGCCGUGUGAGAGGCCAUCUAUAUAAGACAGGCUAGAGUAUGAUCUUAACUACCGUAAUUCCUCCAUAGGGCCGUGUGAGAGGCCAUAGUUCCUCUUUAGAUAGACAAGGGCCGCUUUCGAUCAUCACGAUCCAAACACUUGAACUGGUUGAACCAGAGUUGUUUGUUUAUGAAAUAAGGUCGGACCCAGUAAUCAGAUGCUGUUUUCACGCGAGCCUUGUCAAAGCCUUGCAAGGCCUGCAUAAACUUUUGCAGGUCGGCUAGGAUGUAUACCAAACAAUGUUACAUUUAAAAACAGACCAACCGGUUGUUUGACAUUAACAAACAGGCCCCUGAUAAGUUGUGCCUAUUACUUUGGUAAUGUUUGCCCAGAUUAAUUACUGAAGCACUCUGUUGGCCCUUUCAUACUUCAAUGGGUUCUUUUUUUUUGUGGAAAAAAAGAUUUGCAUAAGAGAGAGAAGUUUUAUACAAGAUAGAUAUAACUGAUGCCUGGUCAUGGUGAUGAUUGUGGGAGUUAUAUAUACCUGCUGUAAAUAUCAUAUAUGCAGUGUACAUAUAUAUGGAUAAAUCUUGACAAAUAUUUUAAUAUACAAUGCACCAAUUUGUAUCAUUGUUCUUAUGGUUAUGUUUUUAAUAAAAUUUGUCAAGGUUACUAAAAUACCUAUUCUUUUAUCAUGUUGUACUCUUAUUU